GUAUCGUCAAAAUAUAGUGACCCUCGAGAGUGCAGAGAUUGAAUUACCUUAUAAUUUCUGACACAUAUUCCUUUAACCUAUACUGCUCAAAACAGAGCACUCGGUUCGGUUGUGACCGCCAUACGAGACGGACGUAUUUUGUGAUUGUUCCGCCUAGCUAUCCGAGCUUCCCUUUCCUUCCAUAGUGUCUAUAGAUUGGUUUUUUUUUGUGUUUGGUGCUGUUUUCCUCCACUUAUUCGGGGGGUUGCUGUGUAAAUAAUUAUAUUUUACGCUCCCCCUUCGGAGGGGGAGCUUUGCUUGAUUAGCUUUAACAAAUAAUUAUGGCUGAGCCUGUUGAAGGGCAGCCUACGGGUGAUAGCCCGUGUGUCUCUAGCGAUGUAACUUCAGAGAAUGCUCACAAGAAAAUGAAAAUUAGUGUCUCGGAGCAGGCCUUUGAUUCUGCCAUCAAGGAAUUUAUGGAAAAGGAGCAUCCGGCUACAACAGAAUGGAGUAUCGUGAAGGACCGUAAAAGCGUUUCUUCAAGAAGGCACAGGGACGAGGAGAUUAACAAAAGGCGCAAUAUAUCGACUUAUUCUCAUGAAGGUGUCUCGGAAGAUGCCAUGGAUAUAGAAUUAAGUAAUGCUACUAAUAGUAAUGACAACCGGCCCCGCGACUUUUUAAUAAACCAUGCGGCUCCGGGAAAUAAAAGUAAAAAUAGUAAUAAUGACGACAAGGCAAAAUCAGUGCCUCGAGAUAAUAUUAAGGACAACGUGGCCUCCGACAUACUUUCACGUGAUACAAUUGAGCCCAGUGCGCCCUCAGAUACACAACAUAACAGAGAGAUAUAUACGGUUAUCGGUACACAUUUGAAGAAAUGUACACAACACGUGCAGACCACGAUUGCAAGGUACGAUAGCAGUUUUCGAGGGAAAACAAAAAUCACAUUAAAGCUUUCUCCUGAUCAAACGUCUUCGAGAAAAGGUAAAAACCUCAUUAAAAUUUGGAUGUUGCUAUCAGAAUAUCGUAUUAGCCUGACGACGAUAGAUAUGUUGAAUCAGUUUACCGCGGAAGCUGAAUUUAAAGAUUAUAUCGAUGCGAAUUUAGCCUUGGAAAAGAUCGAAAAAAUUCCGGAACCAAAAAAAUUAAAAUCCUUUAUAGAACAACGGGCCAUGAUUAGUAGGGGCGUCAUAUCUGAUUGGCCUUUGUCGAUAGAAGACUUGUGGUCGGUAAUUCAGGAUAGAACAAGUAUCAUUGGAGUUGAGCGUAUGUAUCGACGUAAAUGGAUUAGUGAGGAGAAAAGGUCGGUUCUAGCAGAAACGGAUAAUAUCAUCGUUACCUUCAAGGGAGCUGGUGUUAGAGACCUAAAAAUUUUUAAUAAUAACAUUGGUCUUAAGGUUAGACCGUUCGUUCCUCAGACAAGGCAGUGUUUUAAUUGUUAUAGGUUUGGUCAUACCAAGGUUUCAUGUAAGAGUGAGACUCAAUGCAUUGUUUGCGGAGAUAAAGCCCACAGAGAAUGUAACGGACCAGUCAAGUGUCGUAAUUGUGGUGUGCUAGGCGCCUGAUUGAGGAGGAGAGCAGAUCUUCUACGUUCUCUCGGGACAUGGUGGUGAACCGGGAGAAUUGGCCGAAUCUGUGUCCUAUUGUAAAUACAU